AUGGGCUCGAGCUCCUCCUCCUAUGCCCCCAAAACCAUUUACCUGGAUGUGGAUGGGAAGGUGCAAAAGGUGGUGUUCAGUCGGCACUGCAGUCCAUGUGACAUCAAGGAGCUUCUGUGUUCCUCAUCGAACAUUCCCAGGAACACUGCCAUCAUGAUGGUGGACCCAGAGGGUGCCUUGGUCUCCAUAGAUCCCACCAUGCCCACCAACUCUCCAAGCUCUUUGUACAAAGUUGUCCCUCUGUCUACGGGCCAACUUGGAGAGAAGGAGGACAUGUUUCAGAACGUGUUAUCACAGGUGGCUGAGCAGUUCAGCAGAGCCUUUCGCAUCAAUGAGUUGAAGACUGAGGUCACCAACAGGCUAGCCAUGCUGGAGAAGAGAGUGGAAUUGGAGGGCUUGAAAGUGGUGGAGAUUGAGAAGUGUAAAAACGAUCUGAAGAAGCUACGCGAUGAGAUGACUUCAAGAGGCGGUGGCAGAGUAAACUGUCCGUGCAAAUACAACUUCUCAGACGACGGGAAGAAGGUCACUCCUAGACGAGAUGUCCCCAAUUACCCCAAGUACACAUUGUCUCAGGAGACUGUUGAGGCGCUGAAGAAGCCAACAUUUGAUGUCUGGCACUGGGAACACAAUGAGAUGCUGAGCUGUCUCGAGUACAUGUACCAUGACUUGGGGCUAGUGAAGGAAUUCAACAUGAACCCCAUCACACUCAAACGCUGGCUGUUGGCGAUUCAGGAGAACUACCGUAACAACCCCUUCCACAACUUCCGUCACUGCUUCUGCGUUAGCCAGAUGAUGUAUGGCAUGAUUCACCUCUGCAACCUACAGGAGAAGCUGACUCUCACUGAUAUGGGCAUUUUAAUGACAGCUGCAGUGUGUCAUGACCUGGACCACCCCGGCUACAACAACACGUACCAAAUCAAUGCCCGCACAGAGCUGGCAGUGCGCUACAAUGACAUAUCUCCGCUGGAGAACCAUCACUGUGCUGUGGCCUUCCAGAUCCUUUCUCUUCCUGAGUGCAAUAUCUUUGCAAAUGUGGAUCCUGAGGCAUUCAAACAGAUCCGACAGGCUAUUAUCACCCUCAUUCUGGCCACCGACAUGGCCAGACACGGAGAGAUACUCGACUCCUUCAAGCAAAAAGUGGACAACUUUGACUUCACCAAUGAAGAGCAUGUGACAUGUCUGAAGAUGGUUUUGAUCAAGUGCUGUGAUAUUUCCAACGAGGUUAGGCCAACUGAGGUCGCUGAGCCAUGGGUGGACUGUCUAUUGGAGGAGUACUUCAUGCAGAGUGACAGGGAGAAGUCUGAGGGUCUCCCAGUGGCUCCCUUCAUGGACAGAGACAAAGUCACCAAACCCACUGCUCAAAUUGGAUUCAUCAAGUUUGUUCUCAUCCCAAUGUUUGAAACUGUCAUGAAGCUUUUCCCUCAGAUUGAGGAGAUCAUGGUUCAACCUUUGAGAGACUCUCGUGACCACUACGAGGAGCUGAAACAGAUUGACGAUGCCAUGACAGAGGCACAGAAGAAAAAAACUGAAAAUAUGUCAUUAGGCGGGAAGAAGAAGUAA